AGCACGCGGAGAACCGAUGUCAACAGUUCGGACGGAGCCGUUGCGAUUCAUUGAGCAGCUGUUGUUCUUGAUCGAGGAUCAAAAAUUCCUAUAGCAUUAAGGAAAAAAAGCAUCGUAUUAGGAUAUUUUUAACCACAAAUAACCGAAUUUUGGCCUACCAGAUCGCUGUGACCGAAAGGAGGAACGGUUUGGCAAGCGUGCAAUGUACUGUUGCUGGUUGGUGCCGCGCGAAACAUAGCUAAACGGAGCAUCAACACGGAAGCUUGAAUGAUGGUUCUGCCCAACAUAUUGGUAACAGGUACACCUGGAACAGGAAAAUCGGAACUGUGUCAGCAGCUGGCCGAAAAGCUGGCCUUCCAGUGGCAAAAUGUGAGCGAAAUAGUGAGUGUUAACAAGUUUGUUGAGGAGUACGAUGAGGAGUUCGAAUGUCCGGUGUUGGACGAGGACAAGCUACUGGACUAUCUAGAGCCGCUGAUGAAGCAGGGCGGUAAUGUGGUCGAAUACCACAGCUCCGAUUUUUUCCCGGAGCGCUGGUUCGCGGCCGUUUUUGUUGUGCGUUGUUCCACCUCGCUGCUGUACGAUCGGUUGCAGGCGCGUGAGUACAACGAGCGCAAGAUAAAGUCAAACAUGGAAUGCGAAAUAUUCCAGAUUCCGUUGGACGAAGCUAAAGACGCCUAUCGGAAAGAUAUUAUUUUCGAGCUACAGAGCGACACAAAGCAGGAUCUAGACGCUAAUGUGGAGCGCGUGCGCGACUGGCUAGAACAGUGGAAGGCGAUGCACAAUAAAGCGUAAUUUAUGGUCAUAUGGUUUUUUCCGGGUAUAAAACUUUUGCUCCCGAAACAAUUUACCAGCUAAGGCGGAGCGUUUCAUGCGCGUACGCAUUGUCGAUUCAGUUUUGGCUACAUUAUUCGGGCCAAGAACAGCAACAUGCAACCCGUGCAAGAAGAAGAAUUGGUAGUCUCCCCAUGGAAGGGUUGGGAAAGUCAGGCUAGGCUUUAUAUUGCGCGCCGCGUACUUAAAAUAGAUUUUGCUCAUGGCACAAUAGAGAGCAGAAAAGCCGGUUCCUUCUCCAGUUGUCGCUCGGUGCAAACGGAUAUUAGAAAAGAAAGUAUUUAUGGCUUACGACGAUUAAUAAUCAUUUUAUAUCUUGUUUAGCAUUUUGAUCUGCUAUCGCAUAAUACAGAGGAUUUUCCUUCUUUGGAACUACUAUCUCUAGCAGUGGACAAGUGAACUUUCAGCCUACAAGGGCACCAUAUCAGAUUCCAUUGUGAACGGAUAUUCAGUGCACUCCAGUGCUUUGGCCUGAAAUGUGUAUUUUUGGUAGAUUGUAUACUAUUUCAACUCUUGCGUUUGGUGAUAAUAUAUUUCCAUCCAGUUCUAAUCAUCUCUGUCCCUUAUAGUCAGACAACAUUUAAAUGUAAGGUGUUUUAACUAUUUAUAGUCGAAUAUUAUCAACGGCGUUAAGCAGCUAGGAAAUGGCAGGUAUGUUCAGGGCGGAUGACUGUAAGCUACAGAGAUAAUUGAAAGCCUGGACAGUGCUAAUCAAUAGGACGGUUAAAACGAUGUCGUAUUUUCUUUUGCGACUCGCUUGGACAUUUUUAUACUGAUCAGCCUGAGCCUGAGGUCGUUCAUGUUUGCUCAAGAAGCCUAACUAAGAGCAAGAAAAACGAGUCCAAGGCAAAUGUGUCUCCCAAAUCGGUACUGAAGUUCUGAAGGAUAAUUUAUGCCUCACGGAGCCAAAUAAUUAUAUUAAUUUCUUUUGCCCAAACUUGUGUUUAAUAAGUUCUGUUAAGAGAUCAUUGGAGGACAUGGACUGGCUGUGGAGAAACAUCAUAUACGCUCAAUGUCACUCAGCAACCGUCAAUUGAAGCUAUUCGAGAUCGCAUUGUCGGAAGAAGCAAUACAAGGGCAAUAUAAAAGUACUGGAACGACCAGCUGGCAAAGGACUGGCUUCAAAUAUUAACCGGUCGCGACGAAGAGUUCAGUAAAUGGUAAAUAAAGUAGGAGAUGACAAAAACGGUAGAUCAAAACCCAUCAGGCGUCUUCCAGGUCUUCUGCGUAUGGGGAAGUAGAUUUUAGCUGCUGGGAUGCAAAUUUAAGCGUCAUGUCACAAAAUGCAAUUCCUCGACGUAUGCUCCUCGAUGUAUUUUAUGUGCAUGUAUUUUUCUAUAAUCCGAUCAUUUGAUCUUAUGUUACAUUUUUCCGCCUGAAUAAUUAUAUUAUUCUUUUUUCUAUGCCUCAACCAACAGCAGUAGACCAUUCUUAUUAUCGAUCACCGUCAUCAUCAUCAUCAUCAUGAUUAUCGUCAUCAGUAUUGCAAGACGCGAAUAAUCUCUUACACGACAUUCAUAUUCAUAUUCGUUUAUUAGUUAUCUAACAAUAAUUGCCUGCAUAACAUGAACCAGAUACGUUACAAUAAAUAAUCAUCAAAACCGUUGCCUUAAAAGAGUUUUUAAAUUGUUAAUUGACAUGUUAAAAUCUAUUAAAUUAUCAAAAUCAUUGUAUGUCUCCAUCAUCAUUUGUGUUAUUGGGUCGUUAGCGCUAUGGUUUGUAGAAGAAAAAUCCGGUCGUAAUAGUUGUCGUGGUCAUAAUUGUCUACCUGGAGCAAGGAAGUUAAUUUUAUAAUAAGCAAGGAAGAGCAGAAUAAACGGGGCGUCAAUAUUUCCGCUAAUAGUCUUGUUAAGAAAUAUGCACUGUGCCGUCAUUCUUCUAUGUUCUAAUGAUUCGAGUCCAAAUAGUAAGCACCUUGUUCGGUAGUCUGGACAGGCGAGGACGAGACCAAGGUAAUCGAUAAAAUAUUUUUUUUGUAAAUUUGCGCUGAAUGGCUUCUAAUCUGACUAUUUUAUCUUGUUGGCGCGGGGACCAAACUAUACCAGCAAAUUCGAUGAUGGGACGAACUAGGGAACAAAACAACGAUUUUAAACAGAACGGAUCUUUAAACUAUUUACAAACACGAAUGACGAAACCUGAUACAAGUAGGGCUUUGGAAAUCGUCAGGUCAGGUUGGUUCCUAGUAAACCAUACGCUGAAUUUGUUUAAACUAUUUUGUAAUACUUCGCAGUCGGCUAACUUAGUAACAGGUACGUAGAUUUUUAGGUCAUCGGCGUAUAGCGAUUUGUAUGCAUCAGGCAGAAAAAUCGCAAUGUCAUUAAUAAAAAUAACGAACAAUAGUGGUCCUAGAACGCUUCCUUGCGGUCACAAUCGAAUAACAUAGCUGAUGGUAUAGCAUCGUCUAGCCAUGUUUCAGUUAAGAUAAUGACGUCAUGGUCGCAGUCAAAACAAUUGGCAAAGAACUCAUAGGUUUUAGUGCGUAAUCCACGGACGUUCUGAUAGUAGAGGCGCAGAUGAUCCAAAGCGUGAGAGUGUCGUGAGCUAUUCAGUUGUUGGUGCGAUCCCUGGUUGAAAGGUUCUCUGUGGGCACCGGAGAAUUAUGCAUCGUGUCUCGGAAAAAAACGUGUCGUUCUGUCUACUACGAGGAAGGAACUCACCAAACACGAAUCCUUUCGGCCAUGUGAGAGGAGAUAAUGCAGCAUCGCGCAAGAAACGUGGAAGGCUGAUUUUGAAGGAAACGAAACGGAAAGUGGCAGGAUCUCUGUCUCGAGCAACGUGUGGUGCCAAAUGCGUAACAAAAAGCCCCAUUUUGGAAUCUGCUGGACGAUCAAGGCGAGCGCCGAAAAAAGGACAGGUGUCAGGUGCUGUGCCGCAAUGAAGCGCUGAGUGAGAACGUGACGGCCGCAAAACAGGAUUCUGGUGCGUAGUAGAGGUAGUAGCGCCAAUAGUGUGAGUUUCGGUGAUCACAGGAAAGUCAGAUUAUUGCUGGACGGUGUUUGUGUUUGUGAAGUUAGGUUGUUCAUCUUGUGAGGACGAGUCGGUCGUGACAUGGAGGAUCAAAACGAAUACGAAGGAUAUGAAUUGUCAUCAUCAUUAGCUGAUGUUGAGCCCUACGAGGAACCGGAUGGUUGUUCAGACUGCGAUGAUGCUGAUGAUGAUUGUAUUAAACGGGUAUUCGUAUCAGAUGCCCAUCCAUGGGGUUGCAUUUGUUACUGACAGGAAAGCGUAGACAUUCUGAAUAGGAAAGAAUUUAACGAUAUCGAUUUUUGUCCCAUAAAAUUUUAGUUGUUAGUUACAAAUAGUUUUUCAGUUCACAACGUUUGCUAUGCGUAAGUGGUAAUGCGUAAACGUUACUUUUCUCUUUUUGUCGUUCUUUGUCGAAAAUCAUUAUACUUGCGAUAAAUA